UAAUAUUUAUUUAUCCAUUGUAGCUUAGUAUGUGAUCUGAUGACGAAGAAAAGCUCAGUGAGCAGCUCCAACACUGACCUACAAUCCCGGAAAUGGACUGACUUCAAGGAGCUAGACUCGCCCAGGUCUCUCCCCACUUACUAUGGGGACGAGGAGUUGCAGCAACAGCAAACCCCGCCUCUCAGCUCAUCUCUGGGGGACGACAACCCUCUGAAGGAGCUCCAGUCCUUUGUCAGCAGGACGAGUAGUUUGGGUAGUUUCAGAAGUGGUGGGUCCAAUGAGGAGGAACAUCUCUACCACCAACCUCUCCAGGAGGAACAACCCUACCACCAUCCUCCCCAGGGAGGGACUAGAGGGUCUGAUAUGGGGGAGAGUGAUGUUGAUGUAAGCUCCUUACCUCUUGAUACUGAUACCCCUAGUGUUCAUAAAAUGUUACCUGAUGACGAUGUUGAUGCUCCGUCUAGAGAGAGUCUCGAGAGGUCCCUGAAUCUUGAUGCAGUUGUAGAGCCGGCCCCUUCUCAAGCAACCCCCGAUAUAUCAAAUGAUGAUACGAGUGAUACAGUUCGGGAAUUUCCAAAGGACCUUGAAAUUUGUAACUCAGAAUUUUUAGAGGCCAAUUCCGAACUCUCGCCAAUCUCUUCGGAUCUAUCAUUGGGUCAGAUAGAGAGUAACCAGGCUGAAGCUGAUAUGGAAGAUUCCCUUGAUUUGUUUCAGGAUGUUAGAAAGAAGAAUACCCGACCAACACCACCACCCCGUCCACCAAAACCUAAAGUACAAGUUACAGAACCUCACCCUCUUAUGCAAAUUAUAGAUCCUGAUCCAGACUUUGAUUUUGGCGAUCCAUUCGCAAAUAAUCAAGAGACAAAAACUAGUCCCGAGUCGUCCAAAACAGGUCUCACUGCAAAGUUAUCCAAGAACUUCAGGAAGAGAUCGAGAUCACCAAAACCAGAGGAAGCAGAUAAUACUUCAACCACUUCAAAUAAUAAAGGUGAGACUAAAGUUGAGACUAAAGUUGAGACUAAAGGUGAGACUAAAGGUGAGACUAAAGGUGAGACUAAAGGUGAGACUAAAGGUGAGACUAAAGGUGAGACUAAAGGUGAGACUAAAGGUGAGACUAAAGGUGAGACUACCAGUCAGGAUGAUGGUUCGAGAGCAGAUACCAUCAGCAUAACAAGUAGUGACACUCCUUCGUCCAGUUCACGUAAACAAAAGUUCAAAGCCAUGAAGAGCCAACUCGCUGCCAAAGCUUACACCAAGUACAAUCAGUACUACGACUAUUACUACAACAAAAACAAGCAGAUAAAAGAAGAGGAAGAAGAAAAAGCGGACCGGGAAAGGAAUUCUUCGGGGAACUCAGAAGGCAGUUUCUGCGAGUUAACAGCGGAGGAAGCGGACCUUAUCCCCAAAAUCGGUAAUCUAGAUUCUGACGCAGAACAUUCAGCGACUGAGUUUGUCGAGGAUGAAACUCAACUCCUCACCGCAAAUGUUACUCCCAAUAAUGAAACUGUGACCCAGUCUCCAGUGUCACCAGCGUCCCCCCAACCCUCUCCUCCAACUUUAACCCCACAUGCUGAGAUAACCUCCCUCUCCAGUCUUCUGAGAUUAAGAAAUCGGUUAAAAUCAUCCUAUCAGAAACAUAUAAUAUACUCCUCCUUAGUGGGUCUACUCAGUAUACUUCUCUACAUCACAAUCUACUAUGUUAACUCAUUCCUACAGGGAUUCAUUCUUGGUGGUUUCAUCCCUUGUUCACUAGCGAUAUUGUUCCUUGUUAUCACUAGAACUCCACCAGAAGAUGAUGAGAUAUCUGGUGCUAAAACUGCACAACAAGUUGAUAGGCUUAGAAAGCUGGGAACUAAAGCUUCUCUCAAGGAUUUCUUCCAAUACACAGAAGCUCAUAAUUUCGGAGAGUUGAGAACUAAAAGUAUGCCCUAUCGCUACUUCAAGCUAAAUGGCUCCAUUAUAGAAGCUUCAGAGCUGAACGCAACCAAAGAGGAAGUGCCUGACCCUCUGAAGUUAUCACCCGCUGAGAUCAAGACAUUCGGUUUGAAGCCUAUCUUUAAAUGUGACAUCUCCGGAUGGCUCGUCUCUAUCGAGGCACCGCCAGGAACCACUAUAACCCCGAAUAACAUGUGGAGGAAGAGAUAUCCUGUAUGGGUACGGAAGAAAAGUUGGCGUACUGAAACUGACGCGUACGAUAGCGAGUACACUGUUAACAGCUUCUAUUUGAUAUCUCCCUACUCCAGGUACAAAGAACAUUGGUAUGAAGCUUUGAGGAGGGCUGUUGACACUACUGAAAUGGACGAUUUAUGUAAAGAAGAGUCAGAAAACUUCCAAGACUUUAUGGAGAGAUUGUUCAAUGAGAUCCCUAGUGUGGGAGACAAAGACAAAUGUAAUCCCGUGGAGGAUGAGGGUAACCUCCAAACUACCACAACUGGUGAAACAGAAACUCCUAGUCCGGACACUAAAGCUCACGAUAUGCAACAGUCUGCCUGGAUAAAUGCCCUGUUUGGACGGUUUGUCUGGAACAUUUUACAUGAUAGGAAGUGGGAGAACCGUAUCCGAGAGAGAAUCGUUAAAAAGUUGUCCUCAGUUAACACCCGACACAUCAGUUCAGUAGAGCUCAAAAGUUUCGAAUUGGGAAACAGUGUUCCUUUGAUAACCAACACGUACCUACCCAAGAUAGAUCACCAGGGUGUUUGGUCAGAGAUGGAUCUGGAGUGGUCGGGUGAAGUUUCCUUAACUUUGGCUGCUCGUAUAAACUCCAAAUCAUCCGCUCAAGGGGACAACUCUAAAACUUUCGAGGUCAAGUGGCAGGACGGGAAUAUCGUCAAACUUUCAGGGCCGAUGAAGCUGGAGAGUGAACGAGGAACGGAGCAGGCUCCCAGCAGCUCAGGGAAACUUGCUAAACUGUACAGACUUAUAGAGAAGAUAGAGAUAGGGGUUUCUGCUAAGGUUACCCGAGUUUCUGGGAGGCUCUGUGUUAAUAUUCCUCCCCCUCCCACUGAUUGUAUCUGGUACGGGUUUACAGAACCACCUGAGCUGAAAAUACACCUUACACCAAUCCUGGGAAGAUGGAUAUCGCUGGACUACAGACCCAUUACAAACGCGCUGGAAAAACAGUUGCAGUCUGUUUUUAACGACACGUUCGUAUUACCAGCUAUGGAGAACGUGGUGAUGCCAGGAAUGUCUCGUAACAUGUCACGUGAUAUGGUGAUAAACACAGAAAAUACCGUCCCGGACACCCUUGAUGUGACGCAGCUGCUGGACCAGGUCCCAGGAGAGAACGAGCUACUGGACGUGGCUACAUCAGGGGGGAGUUCCAGGUCCAGAUCCAGUUCUAUGAGAAACAGUCCUGUUAUUUAGAAAGAUUUUGGACUUGGAGAGAUUUUGUUGUUUUGAGAGAUUUUAUGGGGGCAUGAUUUUGUGUUAAGUAUUUUCCGAAGUGUAAAAUAAAACUGAGGUUGGACAAAACAUUAUUAUUUUGUUUCAUCUUGCAGUACGAUUGUUCUAGAUAUUAAGGGAUGGGGGAGAUGACUCAAGCGAGAUGCUGUGAAUGUAGCUUAUGUUGAUGCUCAAUUUGUCGAGGGAUCGUUUAAAUAAAACGUAGGCCAUGACGAUUUUAUUGAACAUUUUAAAUUGUUUAGAAAUUUCUCUGUCAUAAGGUUUCAACCUCCCUCCUAGGCUGACUCACAUCAUAUGUGAACGAUCCCCAAUAAACAUAUGAUGCUUUUAUCGUGUUACUGUUACUGUUAGUAUUGAACUCAGCUGGCCACGGAUUUUAUAAAUCAAUUUAGAAACUUUGUUUUGAUUUUUCAUGCUUGGAGCUGUUCUCUCUUAUUCUGUAAAAAAAUUUAGCUGUAAUAUACUGAACGAGGUAUCAUAGAUGUAUAUUCACGAACCCUUCAAUAUUUUGGGUGGGAUAAUGGUAUCCAUUAAAAUAUAGAUUUUAAAUGAUCAACCAAAUCUAAUCGCGGGCGACUAUAUUUGUUUAUUUGUUGUUUUUUUUGUAAUAUUUUGCCAUUUUCUUAAAAGAAUAUUUUAACUGCAUGAAUGUAAUGAAUUAUUGUGCUUCCGGAAGCAAAUAUAUGAGGGUAUAACCAGUGUUUUCUAAGAUUUAAAUUAAAUAUAUAAAAAAUGUUGUUUUACUCCUGACUGUCGAUUUAAUUUGAAUGUUUGUCUCAGCUA